UCUUGUUUCAUUCGGCUUUUCCAUUCCUUUUGUCCUCGAUCUACUCCGGCGAUCCGGAGCACGGAUCUCGCGCAGGGAAGCUAUUCAACUCUCGUCGUCGACGAUGAAUCCCGUCGGCUACGGCGACAAGAAGGAGAGUGAGGCAGCGCACUCCGCUGGCUACGCCCCCUAUCCCAAGCUCACCCCGGAGGACGUUGCGCCGGCCUCCGUCACAGCCACCGCCAUGCCGCCCGAGUUCAACCCUUAUAUCGUCCCAUCCCCCGCCCCAUCCGCCAAGAGUAAGAGGGAUACGAUGCGCGAUGUGCUCGAUAAAUUCGGGAAGAGGGUCAAUGAAACAGCGAAGAAGACAGAGGAUUUGGCCGGGAACUUUUGGCAGCAUUUGAAAACUGGCCCUAGCAUUACCGAUGCAGCCAUGGGGAGGAUUGCUCAGACAACUAAAGUCAUAAGUGAAGGAGGCUAUGAAAAGGUAUUUCAUCAGACUUUUGAGAUACUUCCAGGAGAGAAACUCAAGAAGUCAUAUGCAUGCUAUUUAUCGACAUCAUCUGGCCCCGUAAUGGGGGUUUUGUACCUCUCUACUGCUAAGCUUGCAUUCUGCAGUGAUAAUCCUCUUUCUUACAAAGUUGGAGAUCAGACUCAGUGGUCAUAUUACAAGGUAGUGAUUCCUCUACAUCAAUUGAGAUCAGCUAGUCCUUGUGUGAGCAAAGAAAAGCCAGGGGAGAAGUAUGUUCAAAUUGUUUUGUUCGACAACCAUGAGUUCUGGUUCAUUGGUUUUGUGAACUAUGAUAGCGCUGUGAUAAAUCUACAAAAAGCUGUGCCAGGUACCCCUCAUGCUCAUGUUUAAGUUUCCAUCAUUAGGUAUGCUUUCCUACUUCAUUCCACUUUCAUCUCUGUUCUUCUUGCUAAGAUGCAUAUUCAAUGCUCAUCGUCUUUUGAAUUGAAACUCGUUUAUGUAUUUAUUUUUCUAUUAGACAGUCCGACCUCGACUUCAAUUUAGGCAUGUUUUUUUUA